UGGUGAAAGGUUCUCCAGGUUCCUUUAAAAAACAGUGAAAUAUCCCUUUAUUGAAUCUGCCUGAGCUGUUAAUCAGACGCCAACUUCAGUGUCGUGGGGUUUGGAUGCUUGGGGGCGCCGUCCGCCACGGUCUCUGUGCAGGCGUGAAUUCCCGCCCCUUGAUUUGGUCUAUCCAAUCCUAGAAGCCGAUGGACGACGCUCGACCAAUCAGAGAGGCCGGAUGAUGUUUGACUAAAGUUUUAGUUUUAGAGUUUUGAGCACUCCAAGGAGGAAAACAACGAAUGGAGAAGGGACGGAUUAAGCCACAUCGGCGAUGAUAGUAGCAGAAAAAGUAGAUUUUUAAUUAUUAACGUGGGUUACUUGCUUCCUCCAAAGGCCACUUACUCGCGGUUAAAAGCCUUCUCCCUCCCUGUACCUCUCUCUCUCUCUCUCUCUCCUCCCGCCACCCCCCCAGAAGUCAGCGCAGAGGAGAGCGGAGCAGAGCAGAGCAGAGCUGGGUGGCAGGUGUUCAGUUGUGGGAGACGGCAUCGCUUCAGACGGUCUCCCCCAAGCUCCAACCGGGGCGCCUACUUCCACCGAAACGGGGGAAAAGCCGACUAAAAGUCGCGUCAUUGAGGAAGAGAACUCCAGGCAGUGCGAACGGAGGAUAAUAGUUCAAAUAUAUUUGAAAGUGGCGGAGUUUUCUCGGAAGCCGUUGGAGGAAAAAAAGCGAAAGGCUCAACCGGCGUCGCAGCAGCAGUUUUAACGUUCAGACCAACUACUUUUUAAAGCUUGCAUUUAGACCUAUUUCUCGUACAAACCUUCGACUUUCUUGCUGCGAAACAAGUUGCAGUGUGUUAUUUAAAAAAAACAAAAACCUGUGUGUCGUAUAUUUCUUCUUGUGUAAUGCGAGCUGCUGGCGCAUCACGGCGCGACAAGUGAAACAGGAGAAAAGGAGUCCCUCCUCUGGAACAGUGGAUAUAAUUUACGUUAAAGUCAAAGUGAAAAAAAAAAAAAAAAACUAAAUCAGAAUCGUUGCUCAGAUUAGAAAAGGCUCAGGAAAUCAUUUUUUUCCAAUACAUUUGCAGACCUAAUCCAGUGAUAUUUACAGAAUCAAUUACAAGAUUGGUUUUAUUUUUGUUUUUCAGGAGAUCACAGAUGGGUAGUUGUCGUGUUGUAUCGCAUCUCUGUCAGAACAGUUAAAUGAUCCCACCGGACAAUAAAUCCCCAACGAAGCGCAUCAAAACAAGCGCGGAUUUGAGGUCUGGUGCAGAGAAUAAGCCGAUAAACAUACUCAAAUGUAUUAAUUUUUCUGCUUAUCAAUCCAAAUAAAAAAAUGAGGCGUAGUGGGUCUCAGAAGCUCUCUGGAUCGCAGUGACAGAGUACGGUUUUGUAAAACCUCCAGAGGGGAAAGUAUUCUGCCUUCCUCUUCUUUUUGAACACUUGGAUCUGGGUGUUCGGAGCGGGAAGCUGGAAGCAUUGACAGCGGGGGGAACUCCUGGAUCUUCUCCCUUGAUCUUCCCUUCCAGCUUGCGAAGCGCCGAGGCUCCUCUCCUGCGCUCUUAUUUCUCCCACCCCAACUCCCCGCACAGGGCAGGAGGAGCCGCAGGAGCAAACCGCAGUUCCUCCGCGGCUUGAAACCGGGAGGAAGCCGUGAGAGAUCCCGGAACCGACGGAUGAUGAGUGGAGCCAGGAUCGGGACGGCCCGGAGCGGGAGUCUGCCUCUUUGCCUGAUGAUCCUUCUCGGCUGCAGUUGCCACAUGUUGCACGGUCAAGAAGUAGCUCCCUACUUGCAAGGAGGAGAAUGGGGGCAGCAGGUGGUGCUGGAGGGUAACAGGCUGGUGCUGACCUGCCCGGCUGGGGGCAGCUGGCCUUUGGAGUACCGCUGGACUCAGAACAACAACAACAUCACAGACUGGACACCACAGUACAGGUUGUCUAUGCCAUCUCUGAGGAGAACUGAUGCUGGCUUGUAUCAGUGCAUGGUGAGGAACAGGAUGGGAGCUGUAAUACACAGGAGAACAGAGGUGCACGUUGCCUUUCUGGAAAAUUUUACUCCUGGGGAGCAGAGAAAGACAGCGACUCAGGGCCGAGUCGCCUUCAUCAGCCCGCCUCCUCUGGCUUCCUUUCCUAGACCCCUGGUCACAUGGUUCAAAGAUGGACACAAGAUCAUCCCCAACAACCGAAUAGCAAUCACUUUGGACAAUCACCUAGUUGUCCUGGCAACCACUGGGGCGGAUGCAGGACGUUACCAUGUAGAGGCGGUGAACGAGAUGACGGGAGAGAACGUGACAAGCCCCACGGUCUACUUGAGCAUCUCAGUUGGCAAGAAAAACCGGGGGUCAACAGAUCCUCCAGAGUCGGAGCAUGUAGCUCCAGCAAUCGUGAUUGGACCUAAAAACACAACAGUCUUAGUGGGGAAGGAGGCCAUGCUGGAGUGCAUUGCCAGCGCUAGACCAGUCGACGGCCUUGCGGUGUCAUGGAAACGUGAUGGACGUCGGCUGGCCAGUGGGCGUCGGCUUAUUGUUCCCACCGCCGCCUCCUCUGAUGCAGGGUUGUAUGUUUGUGAAGCGUUGGUUAGCAACAGUACUGCCAAACCCGUGGAGGCGAAGGCAUACCUUACUGUAAUGGAGCCGCCUUCUAUGACGGUUCAACCCAAAGAGAAAAUCUUUGCCGAUCUCGACAGAAAUGUGGAAAUCCCGUGCCAGGCUUCAGGCGUGCCGCAGCCAAGGAUUGAGUGGUAUAAGGAUGCAGUGCCUCUUUCCAAGCUGGCCAAUGCUCGCUACAAGGUCAGCUCGGCCACUGGGCUGAUGGUGCGCAGGGUGCAGCCAGGAGACGGAGGAAUAUUCCAGUGCUUCGCCCGCAGCCCUGCAGGGGAGAUUCAAGUACACACAGAGCUCCUUGUUUCAAGUGUGGCUCCCACACUUCUGUCGCCUCCCUCUGACCAGACAGUAACUGAUGGCGACACGGCUUUGUUUACCUGUCAGAACAGUGGAGCUCCUAAACCUGCCAUCACCUGGAGGAAAGGAUCACAGGUCAUAGCCAGCGGCUCGGUUCAGAUUCCCCGGUUCACACUUUUGCAGUCAGGUGGUUUGCAGAUUCAACCAGUCAGUGUCCAGGAUUCAGGAGAAUUCACCUGCAUCGCAUCCAACUCUGAGGGAACCAUCAAUGCAACUGCUGCACUCACCGUGUGGAGUCGCACAGUCAUUUCUGUGCCUCCAGAUGACCAGCGUGUAAUCAAAGGAACCACUGCUGUUCUGGCCUGUAAUGCUACACAUGACCCCAGAAUCAAAAUCAGCUUCAAGUGGGAUCGUGGCGGUGUGCCGGUGAUGCCGAGCAACGGUGGCCGUGUUUCUGUACGGCCAGGUUCUUUGACUAUUAGCCAGACCUGGUCAGGUGACAUCGGGGACUACACCUGCAGUGUGACGUCACAAGCAGGCAACGACUCCUGGUCUGCACGUCUCGAAGUCAUCGAGCUGCCGCAUUCCCCCCGCUCCCUAACGGCUCUACUCAAUGACUCAGACUCCCGCUCCGUCCACCUGUCCUGGCUGCGCCCCUUUGAUGGAAACUCCCCUCUGCUCUACUACGUCUUGGAACUCUCUGAGAACAACUCUCCGUGGAAGAUCUACCUAUCCGAGGUGGAUCCUGCGGUGAGCGAGGUAUUGGUGGGCGGGCUCACACCUGCGAGAACCUACCAGUUCCGGCUCUGUGCUGUCAAUCAAGUGGGCAGGGGUCAAUACAGUGCUGAAACACAGAGGAUGAUGCUUCGGGAGGAGGCCCCAAGCGCUCCUCCUAAUAACAUUGUGGCCAGUGGUCGCACAAACCAGUCCAUUAUGGUCCAGUGGCAGCCUCCUCCAGAAUCGGAGCUUAACGGCGUCCUCCGAGGAUAUGUACUAAGAUACCGUCUGGCUGGGUUGCCGGGGGACUACCAGGAGAAGAACAUCAGCAGCCCAGAGACUAACUACUGUCUACUAAAGGACCUCAUCAUCUGGACUCAGUACCAGAUCCAGGUGGCCGCCUACACAGGAGCCGGCCUGGGCGUUUACAGCGGCCCCGUCACGGAGUACACACUGCAGGGAGUUCCCACAGCACCUCCACAGGAAGUGGAAGUUGUAGCUAUUAACUCGACCACCAUCCGCUUCACGUGGAAUCCUCCGCCUCAGCAGUUCAUUAAUGGCAUCAACCAGGGAUACAAGCUCCUGGUCUGGCCAGAACAAUCUCCAGAGGAGGUUAGAGUGGUAACCAUCACUCCUGACUACCCAAGCUCACGCCACACAGGAUUCGUCAGUGGCCUCAGGAAGUUUAGCUGGUACUAUGGCUCCACUCUCUGCUUCACCACACCUGGGGACGGUCCCCGCAGCGCGCCCACCCUGCUGCAGACACAUGAGGACACACCUGGACCUGUUCGCCACCUGAGUUUCACUGAAAUCCUGGAUACAUCCCUUCAAGUCAGCUGGGCUGAGCCAGAGGACAAGAACGGCAUCAUUACUGGUUACAUGAUGUGGUGGGAAGUGCCCAGUAUAAAGUCAAGCCGCGUGGAGCGCUCCUUAUCCAACUCCACCGUGCAGUACCAGCUGACGGGCCUCACCACCACCACUGCAUACAUGAUUCAGGUGGCAGCGCUGACGGGUGCAGGACAGGGCGCGGUCACAUCCUCCACCAUCUCCACUGGAGUCCCGCCAGAGCUUCCCGGGGUUCCUUCAAACCUAGUCAUCUCUAACAUCAGUCCUCGAACAGCAACGCUCAGGUUCCACCCUGGUUCUGACGGCAAGACCGCCAUAUCCAGAUGGAUCGUUGAAGGACAGGUGGUGAAGAAGGACGGGAAGGAGGAGGAAUGGAGAGUUGUUCACCAGAAAGACAACGAGCCGAAUGCAGACACGCUGGAGAUCCCCAGCCUAACUCCCUAUACUCAGUACAGGUUCAGGAUGCAGCAGGUGAACAUCGUCGGCUCCAGUCCAAUGAGCGCCCCCUCUAGGCUGAUUCAAACACUACAGGCUGCCCCUGACACCUAUCCCUCCAACCUCAGCCUCGUGUCUGCGACACAGACCAGCCUAUGUUUUAGCUGGAAGCCUCUUCCAGAGUCAGAGUACAACAGUAGCCCAGAGACUGUGGGCUACCGGCUCCGUGUAUGGAGGACAGACGGAGAUGGGGAGGACAGGACUGAGGACGUAAAGGGCGUAGUUAGGACUACUGACACCACCAUAGAGGGGCUAAGUCCAUGGACCCACUACCAGGUUCAGAUACAGGCCUUUAACUCCAUCGGACCAGGACUGUGGAGCCAAACUGUGGCGGCACGCACCACGGAAUCUGCUCCGUCUGGAUCUCCGGCGAAUGUAAACGCCGAGGCAGUGAGUUCCUCCAGGAUCAUGCUCACCUGGUCUUCCCUUCCUGAGGCACAAAGGAACGGAGUCAUUAUUGGAUAUAAGGUGUUGUACAAAGAGAAUGACUCAGAUGGUCCCCCUACUGUUCGGGUGAUAGAAGGUGACAGAAAUUUAACACUGCUCCUGGGUUCCCUCCAAAAAUACACAAUGUACGCACUGCAAGUGCUGGCGUACACACGGAUUGGGGACGGACCUCCCAGCAGCCCCGUCCUCCUCAGAACCAAAGAAGAUGUACCAGGCCCCCCUGUCCGCAUGAUGUUUCCAGAAGUUCGACUGACAUCGGUGAGGGUGGUCUGGCAGCCACCUGCGUUUCCCAAUGGCAUCAUUUUGGGCUACCAGAUAUCCUACCGCCUUCACAGCAGGGACCCUCUGCGAUGGACCACAGUGGAGGUGGGCUCCAAUGCUCGCCAGUUCACCGUCACAGGACUCUCCUCUGAGCAUACCUACGUAUUUCGCCUCACAGCUCGCACCGCUGUGGGCUGGGGCGAACAGCAGGAGGCCCUGGUAGUUACCACUGAACGCAGAGAGCGUGCCCAGCCGCCCAGGAAGCUGUCAGUUCCUCAAGAUGAGGUCGAAGCUCGCCGGCUCCGUCUCUACUGGGUGACUGGUGGUUCAGGCUCCUCUCCGCUGAGGUACUUCUCUUUGCAGCUGAAGGAGCUGCCGAGCGGGCCCUGGAAAACCCACACGGCCGACAUCCCACACAAUUUCACCUCCUGGACAGUCGACAGGCUGAAGCCCUUCACAUCAUACAAGCUUCGAAUGUUGGCCACCAAUGAUGUAGGGGACAGCGUCCUCACCAAGGAGACGGAGGCAGUUACAACUCUGCAGGAUGUGCCUAAUGAGCCUCCAGUGAUCCUCUCAGUAAAACCAACAACUACUACCUCAGUGAUGGUGCAGUGGAAGCGCCCCACUGAAGACAGUAUUAACGGGGUCCUGACUGGAUACAGACUGUAUUACAGGGAGCUCCCUGCAAAUACGUCCAUUGGCAGUGAUUCAGGAGUCCAGACAACCAAAAAUCAUACCACAAGUGCCUUCAUUACAACCAAGAGCACCUUCAAGACAGUCAGCAGUGCCUCUCUCACAGAGUUUGAGCUGACACAACUGAAGAAGUUCAAACAUUAUCAGAUCGUGAUGACAAGCUACAACAUCAUUGGUGAGAGCCCUCCCUCCGCGCCAGUUGAGGUGUCUGUUGGAGAGGCAGCUCCAUCGGUGGCGCCUCAGUCUAUCAAAGUGUCAGCCGUGUCUUCCUCCGGCCUGGAAGUGACCUGGGACAUGCCGCCCCUCGAGACCCAGAAUGGACUCAUCCAAGGAUACAAGAUUCAUUACUGGGAAAGAGACAACCAAAACCAGACUGAGAAGGUGAAGGUAAUUUUUGUCCCAGACACCCGUGUUCACCUGACAAACCUGACCAGCUACACGCCUUAUAUGGUCACGCUGACUGCCUUUAACACAGCUGGGGAUGGACCUCCCAGUGACCCCCGCGGGGCCCGAACCCUGCAGUCCGCUCCCAGCCAGCCGAGCUACCUGUCCUUCUCUGAAGUAACGGGUGGGAGUGUCAACGUGUCCUGGGGAGCUCCACUCACUCCCAAUGGACAAGUGGAUGGCUACAGGGUCAUCUAUCAACCCACCGCUCCUAUACAUGGAGUGAGUAAAGUGGUGACAGUGGAUGUGAAAGGGAGCUGGCAGCGUUGGCUAAAAGUUCAGGACCUGAUCAAAGGAGCAACGUACAUGUUUGGGGUUCAGGCUCUCACAGUCAGCUACGGACCACCUAUACAGGCAAACAUCACAGCUCAACCUGUGAAAGGGUCCCCUGGGUCGCCAGUGGAAAUGUCCAUCACCAAGACGUCCUCUGCCCUUACCAUCCACUGGUCAGAGGGAGACAUUGGUGCAGCUCCUGUUACUGGUUACGUUGUUGAGGCGCGUCCCUCAGAUGAGGGAGUUUGGGAUUCCUUCAUUCGACUCCUCCCUCCUGGCAGCAGGUCCGUCUCCGUGCCGCUGGAGCGUCUGAGGUCGGGGGUCAGCUACGAGUUCAGAGUCAUUGCUAUUAAUCGCUAUGGUUACGGACAGCCGAGCACGCCCUCUGUGGCUCUUGCCGCCUUGUCGGAGCGUCCCUUUUAUGAAGAGUGGUGGUUCCUGCUGGUUAUGGCUCUGGUGGGCCUCAUCCUCAUCCUGGUCCUGGUCUUUACUCUCCUCCUUCAUGGACACAGCACCAAGUACAAGGCCUGCAGUACAGGGAAGCACAUAACUCCGGGGGAGGAGUCGGUGACCCUCGACAAUGGAGGUUUUACUUCUCUGGAGCUAAACAGCAGAACUAUCAACAACAAGAACUCCUUCCUUAAGAAGAACGGGACGAGAUCUCCACCCAGGCCCAGUCCAGGUGGGCUUCACUAUUCUGAUGAAGAUAUCUGCAACAACUAUAACGGAGCCGUGCUUACUGAAAGCACAACACUCACCGAGAAACCCACGGAGGUCUCUGAAUCAGAGCUAACAGACAGCGACUACGAGGAUGAACAGCCGAAACACUCCUUCGUCAACCACUACAUGAGCGACCCCACCUACUACAACUCCUGGAAGCGGCAGCCCAAAGGCCUCAAAGGGUCGGGAAGCCCUUUCGCCUACGAGGAGUGCGCCACUGCCGACACAGAGCCCUACUACCAAACCGUGGUCACGCAGCACAGCACGGGGGGAGCGUACACACCCACAGGGCAGCCUGCGCACACACACGUCAACCCCAGCAGCAACCCGCCGGGGUCGCGCACCCCUGUGACGGGAUUUUCUUCGUUUGUUUGACUCUAGAGACAGCGCGUUUGCACAAAGAUACACAAACACACACACACUCAUAUGGAAGGAAGGGGGUGCUGCCGUGUGUUUGGACUAAAGGAACUUGGAACAAAGCAGCCCGUCACACCCCAAAGAACUAAAGUCACACUUCUUACUCGCCUUCCUCUCUGCUCAUGAAGACCCUGUGUUCAGUGUGUGCUUUUUCUCAGCGUGCUUACACGCACGAGUACCGUCCUCAUUUUCCACAAAUUCUCACCAGCUUAUUCCACCAGAUACUCCUGCCCACUCCAGAGACUCUCCAUGGAGAGUCAUGAUGACUGUACUUAUGUGUUGAGCCCAUUAAUGUCUUGCUAAGACCACCCUGGAGCUGGAGGAAGCUGGAACUUCUGCACAAAACUUCUCGACUGUUUUCAGUAUCUACUCUUAAGUGCACAAGUGCCCACUCAUGCACUCUCUAAAGCGCCAUUUCAGCAUCUCCAGCUGAGAGCGGGAACUUAAAGGCUGUGGGGAAAAAAAGCUGCACAGAAGUGAGCUGCUUUUUUUGACGGACUGAUUCAUGCACAAAAACGCAGCGCUGCCAGCUUUCAGAAAUCACUGCAGAGAAGAAAGGAGAAAAAUGUUUGAUAAUCACAGCUUUUUGAAUUUGAAAAGGACAGAGAGUGAGCAUGAGCAGGUGUUUUUUAGCACUUAACUGCAUUGUCAGUGUUGAGCAGUCUCUGAGAGUGAUGUGUGAUGUUUGAGAAUACAGUACUUUUCACAUUUCGUCACAUUACAACCACAAACGUCAAAUUCUAUUAUUUGGAUUUUUUGUGUAAGACCACGACAAAGUAGUGCACAGUUGGAAACUGGAAGGAAAAGAACAUAUGGUUUGCAAACCUUUUCCCAGAAUAUCUGAAAACCAUGCUGCAAAAUUGUAUUCUGCCCCCCUGACUCAGCCCUUCAUAGAACCACAACUUUGAAGUUUGUGGUUGUAAUGUCACAAAUGGCAAAAAGUUAAAGGCAUAUGAAGACUUUCACAAUGUACUUUAUGGAAAAUCUUUUUUUUAUUGUUACUGCCUGUUCUCCUUUCACCGCAGCUUCCUAAGCCAUAAUGCUUGCACUGAGACGAAUCCCCAAACAUUUCAUCUUUAUUCUGCCCAAAUGUUAUUUUAUUUUGUUUUUCCAAGUCCGAGUGCGGCACGUGUGCCUACAAGCACGCUUGUGAAAUGGCUCUGUGCUCACUGUAGAAGCCCGCUCUGACGUCUGUGAAGUUCACCGCUCAGCAACGUGUGCCAUAGUGUGUGUGUGUUUUAAAGAUGGAUUUUGUACAUUUAAACCCUUUUUUCUUCUGUGUUGUAUGUAGUUCUGACAUUUAUUUUGUCCGAUUCACGCAGCAAAAGAACACGGCAUAAAGUGCAUCGGCUGGAGGAGGGAAAGCAGGUCUGGUUUCACAAAAGAAAAAAAUCCAUAAAAGUAAACAGAGAAGGGAGCAACAACAGAUGUUUAAGAGGAGUAUUCUUCGAAUUUUGAGUCGUGGAGCUCUCAAAACCUGAACUUUGGGUUAACUUUCAGGUAUAAGGUGGCUAAUGUACUCUGUUCUGUUCUCCACAUGUAAACAAAACUCAUCUGUACGUUUUUGCUUAAAUAUGGUUUAUAGGUUCUCUGACUGAGCAGCAGCGUUCCUCACUCUGCCAUGCUUACUUUCAACCCCAUAGUGUGAAUAAAUGGUCAUUGUAUAA